GCCGAGUCACAUCCCAUUUCUGUAGUGUUGCCCUCCCAUUCGGCUUCACAACACGAGGACACCACAGAAGAAGCUAUUGGGUUAGCUAGAACAGAGAGUUGUACCAACAACACCAACAUGUCAAUUCAAUGGUGGGGCCUCCUACUGGACCUGUGGUUUCUUUUGUCCUGCCUACCAUUUCACAUCUCAGCUUUCAAUCUGGACACGGACACAAAGCAUGUUCUGAGGAAAAAUGGUGAUCCAGGAAGCCUGUUUGGAUUCUCCCUGGCACUGCACCAUCAACUGAAUCCUGUCAAUAAGAAACUAUUGCUGGUUGGAGCACCACGCGCCAAGUCAUUUACCAAAAUUGAAGUUACAGGAGGAAUCUACCAGUGUGAGCUCACCACUGAUUCUAAGAGCUGUGAGCGUGUCAAGCUUGACAAUGAUGAGUUUGUUAAAAGCAAGGAUGUCAAAGACCAAUGGAUGGGUGUACGAGUGACAAGCCAAGGCCCUGGUCAAAGCGUUAUGACCUGCGCACAUCGAUACCAGGAGUGGAGCACCAAUCCUGACACUCCUAACCUCGUAUUCGGUCAGUGCUAUAUCCUGGGGGAAGAUCUCCACAAGAGUGAUGCCCAUAGAAUCUGGAGGAGGGUGAUCUGUGAUGACAGAAAACACAUCAAGGAUAAGCCUAAGAAUCCUGAUUGGUUCGGAUACUGUCAACAAGGUCAUUCUGCCGCCUUCGCCAAGGACAACACAUCUCUGCUGUUUGGGGGCCCCGGAGCUUACCAGUGGAAAGGAAUUGUGAGAAUGGAGUCCCUAGACAACCUUGAAGUGUCAAAUGAAGAGCCCUGUGAAACUGGGGAUGUGGACAGACUUGACCGUGACCUCAUCCCUCUCCUUAACAACAGUUAUCUAGGGUUCUCAAUCGACUCUGGAAUGGCCCUCACCAAGAAGGGCCAGCUGACUAUAGUGUCUGGGGCACCACGAGGCGGUUUCAGUGGGGAGGUGGCAUUUCUGAAGAGAGACCCAUUGGCUGAAAGAAGUCUAUCUGUGGAAAACAUCCUUAAAGGCCCAGGCCUGGCCUCCUCCUUUGGCUACGACAUAGCCGUGGUGGACCUCAACGCUGAUGGGUGGGACGACCUUGCUGUGGGGGCACCCGAGUUUUUCUUAAAAGAAGGGGUGGUCGGAGGGGCAGUGUACAUCUACAUCAACAACAGGGGAAGAGAGUGGGAGAAGAUUGAGCCUGUCCGUCUGGAUGGGAACAAAGACUCCAUGUUCGGUCUCGCAGUUGAGAACAUUGGAGACGUCAAUCAGGACGGUUAUGAAGAUAUUGCUGUGGGGGCUCCCUAUGAUGGUGUAGGUCGAGUGUUCCUUUACUAUGGCUCCUCAGGUGGAAUCCACAAAAAGACAGCACAGAUUAUAACAGCAGAAUCGUAUAAUAUAAGACGAUUUGGAUUUUCUCUGACUGGCAAAAUAGACAUGGAUGGCAAUCAUUACCCUGACUUGGCUGUUGGAUCACUCUCAGAUUCCAUAUUUGUCUACAGGGCAAGGCCAGUAGUCAAUAUCAGAGAGGACUUACGAAUCACCCCAAGUACAAUCAAUAUGGCGGCAGAGCACUGUGACAAACACAAAUGUACAUUCAAGGCACGGGCAUGCUUUACCUACACAGCACAGCCACCAUCCUACAACCCCAGGCUGACUGUCAACUAUGCCUUCGAGGCUGACGCUGAGACGAGGAAACAGAGGCGUUCCUCCAGGAUGGCGUUUCUGUUUCAGUCCCAGGGAGUCCUGGAGCUAGCAGGGCAGGGCAAAGAGAAGUGCACUGAGACCCAACUCAAGCUAUUGGGUGAUAUCAAGGACAGACUGCACAGCAUCCCCAUCUCUGUCUCUGUGUCCUUACUGAAUGACAGUAAGACAGAAAGCAAGAGUCCCCUGCCUGCACUUACUCCAAUACUCAGCCUCUAUGAGCAGAGUACAGCCACCUCAGAGGUUAUCUUCAUAAAUAAAGGUUGUGGGAGUGAUAACAUUUGCCAAAGUAACUUGGAGCUACAGUACAGGUUCUGUUCCAGACCAAAACUACUGGGUCAAGAUGUAUUCACCCCACUGCCCAGUGAAAGAGGUAUUCCAGUAAUCUCUGCUGGAGAUGAGGACAUAGCUUUGGAGGUCAAUGUGACCAAUAGGGAGGGUGAUGAUGCCCAUCAGAGUCAUCUGAUCAUCAAACUCCCUGACUCUCUUUCAUUCUCAUCAUUAUACUUCAACCACAUUUCAGAAGUACUAGUGAAGUGCAACCCCAAUGACAAUGGUACACUGACAGACUGUGAACUGGGAAACCCAUUCAAAAGAGAUGCUGAAGUUACUUUCUAUGUAAUAUUGUCCACUUCCCGCAUCUCUCUGAGCACAACUGAUGUAAAUGUUACCUUGCAGCUUGAAACGACAAGUGUGCAGAAGAUACAAGCAAGUGAAGCAAAGGCCAAAGUAGUUUUUGAGCUUCAACUACAAGUAUUUGGACUGGCCAGGCCCUCCCAGGUCAGCUUUGGAGGAGCUGUAAAGGGAGAGAGCGCCAUGAAAUCAGAGGAUGAUAUUGGAACCCUUGUGGAAUAUGAAUUCAGGAUAUGGAAUUUGGGCAGGCCACUGAAAUCCUUUGCCAAUGCGUCGCUGAAUAUCUACUGGCCCAAGGAGAACGCAGUGGGGAAAUGGCUGCUGUACCUGGUGCAGAUCCACAGUGAAGGCAUACAGAACGUUCCCUGCUCUCCGCUAAAGGAGAUCAGUCCUGUCCAACAUAUAAAGGGCUCUCGUGAUAAUUCAAGAAAAAGACGAGAUGCUCAUCAGGAAGCUUUCUCAUCUGAGGAUGGAUUCUCCUUCCUGUCAAAGAAAAGAAAAUACAAAUCUCUGACAUGCUCAGACGAGUUGAAAUGUGUAGAGAUAAGGUGCCCUCUGCUGGGUUUGGACAGUACUGCAGUGGUGUUUCUUCAAGCUCGCCUUUGGAACAGUACUUUCCUUGAGGACUACAGUUCAUUAAACUACCUGGACAUUGUGCUGGAUGCCACUCUCAGCUUGACAGACUCUGCAGAGAAUAUUGGGCUUAGGAAGACUGAGAAAUCUGGAACCCAGGUGAGGCUGACAGUGUUCCCUGAGAGGAAGGCUGCCAUCUGGGCUAAGGUCGCCUGGUGGGUCAUCUUCCUCUCUGUAAUGGUAGGACUGCUACUUCUGGCUCUGCUCGGCUUUCUGCUGUGGAAGUGCAUCAAGUACCCUGUGGCUAAGAAGUACUACGUCAUGCAUAAGAACACAGAGGAACGUCACCCCAUUAGAGGAGACUCAUCUUUGGUUCCAACUGCAUAGGCACAGAGAAUGGACCUGAGCCCUAGGACCAUGCCCCAGCACUACCUGACAUGAUGACUCCUUGCUGUCCCCAGUCCACCUGGCCGUGCUGCUGCUCCAGUUUCAACUGUUCUGCCUUAUUAUUAUUCGACCAUGCUGGUCAUCUAUGAACAUUUAAACAUCUUGGCCAUGUUCUGUUAUAAUCUCCACCCGGCACAGCCAGAAGAGGACUGGCCACCCCACAUAGCCUGGUUCCUCUCUAGGUUUCUUCCUAGGUUUUGGCCUUUCUAGGGAGUUUUUCCUAGCCACCGUGCUUCUACACCUGCAUUGCUUGCUGUUUGGGGUUUUAGGCUGGGUUUCUGUACAGCACUUUGAGAUAUCAGCUGAUGUACGAAGGGCUAUAUAAAUAAAUUUGAUUUGAUUUGAUUUGUAAAUGACAUCGCCAAAGUCGAGGAUCGGUAGGAUAGUCAGUUUUACGAGGGUAUGUUUGGCAGCAUGAGUGGAGGAUACUUUGUUGUGAAAUAGGAAGCCAAUUCUAGAUUUGAUUUUGGAUUGGUGAUGCUUAACUUCAUGCGACGAGCAAUCCCGUAUCCGGGAUCCUAUUUAUAGCCUCAAGCUCAUUAGCAUAACUAUUAACUAUUAAUGAAAAUCGCAAAUGAAAUGAAAUAAAUAUAUUGGCUCUCAAGCUUAGACGUUUGUUAACAACACUGUCAUCUCAGAUUUUCAAAAUAUGCUAUUGAACUAUAGCUAAACAAGCAUUUGUGUAAGAGUAUUGAUAGCUAGCAUAGCUAUUAGCCUAGAAUUCAUCCGGCAACAUUUUCACAAAAACAAGAAAAGCAUUCAAAUAAAAUCAUUUACCUUUGAAGAACUUCAGAUGUUUUCAAUGACGAGACUCUCAGUUAGAUAGCAAAUGUUCAGUUUUUCAAAAAAUAUUAUUUGUGUAGGACAAAUCGCUCCGUUUUGUUCAUCACGUUUGGCCAUGAAAAAAACCUGUAUCCAGUUAUAGCCUCAAGCUCAUUAGCAUAACGCAACGUUAACUAUUCAUAAAAAUCGCAAAUGAAAUGAAACAAAUAUAUUUGCUCUCAAGCUUAGCCUUUUGUUAACAACACUGUCAUCUCAGAUUUUCAAAAUAUGCUAUUGAACUAUAGCUAAACAAGCAUUUGUGUAAGAGUAUUGAUAGCUAGCAUAGCUAUAAGCCUAGAAUUCAGCCGGCAACAUUUUCACAAAAACAAGAAAAGCAUUCAAAUAAAAUCAUUUACCUUUGAAGAACUUCAGAUGUUUUCAAUGAGGAGACUCUCAGUUAGAUAGCAAAUGUUCAGUUUUUCAAAGAAGAUUAUUUCUGUAGGACAAAUUGCUCCGUUUUGUUCAUCACGUUUGGGUAAAAACAACAACCGAAAAUUAAGUCAUUACAACGCAAACUUUUCCCAAAUUAACUCCAUAAUAUCGACAGAAACAUGGCAAACGUUGUUUAGAAUCAAUCCUCAAGGUGUUUUUCACAUAUCUAUCGAUGAUAAAUCACUCGUGGCAGUUGGCUUUCUCCUCUGAAGCAAAUUGAAACGCGCAUGGAGCUGGAGAUUACGCAAUAAUUUUGGAGGAGGACACCGGGCGGACACCUGGUAAAUGUAGUCUCUUAUGGUCAAUCUUCCAAUGAUAUGCCUACAAAUACGUCACAAUGCUGCAGACACCUUGGGGAAAUGACAGAAAGUGCAGGCUCAUUCCUUGCGCAUUCACAGCCAUAUAAGGAGACAUUGGAACACAGCGCAUUCAAAAUCUGGACCAUUUCCUGUAUGAAAUUUCAUCUUGGUUUCGCCUGUAGCAUUAGUUCUGUGGCACUCACAGAUAAUAUCUUUGCAGUUUUGGAAACAUCAGAGUGUUUUCUUUCCAAAGCUGUCAAUUACAUGCAUAGUCGAGCAUCUUUUCGUGACAAAAUAUCUUGUUUAAAACGGGAACGUUUUUUAUCCAAAAAUUAAAAGAGCGCCCCCUAUCUCUUUAACUUCUUGAGUCUGGAAGGAGAGUUUACAAUCUAACCAGACACCUCGGUUUUUGUAGUUGUCCACAUAUUAAAGAACCGUCCAGAGUAGUGAUGCUGGAGGGGCGGGCAGGUGUGGGCAGUGAUCGGUUGAAGAGCAUGCAUUUAGUUUUACUUGCAUUUAAGAGCAGUUGGAGGCCACGGAAGGAGAGUUAUAUGGCAUUGAAGCUCGUCUGGAGGUUUGUUAACACAGUGUCCAAAGAAGGGCUAGAGGUAUACAGAAUGGUGUCGUCUGCGUAGAGGUGGAUCAGAGAAUCACCAGCAGCAAGAGAGACAUCAUUUAUGUAUACAGAGAAAAGAGUCGGCCCGAGAAUUGAACCCUGUGGCACCCCCAUAGAGACUGCCAGAGGUCCGGACAACAGGCCCUCCGAUUUGGCACACUGAACUCUGUCUGAGAAGUAGUUGGUGAACCAGGCUAGGCCGUCAUUUGAGAAACCAAGGUUGUUGAGUAUGCUGAUAAGAAUGUGGUGAUUGGCAGAGUCGAAAGCCUUGGGCAAGUCGAUGAAUACAGCUGCAGAGUAUUGUCUCUUAUCGAUGGCGGUUAUGAUAUCGUUUAGGACCUUGAGUGUGGCUGAGGUGCACCCAUGACGAGCUCGGAAACCAGAUUGCAUAGCGUAGAAGGUACGGUGGGAUUCGAAAUGGUCGGUGAUCUGUUUGUUAACUUGGCUUUUGAAGACCUUAAAAGGCAGGGAAGGAUAGAUAUAGGUCUGUAACAGUUUAGGUCUAGAUGACUACGGCAGCUUUCCAAUCUUUGGGGAUCUCAGACAAUACAAAAGAGAGGUUGAACAGUCUAGUAAUAUGGGUUGAAACAAUUGUGGAGGAUAAUUUUAGAAAGAGAGGGUCCAGAUUGUCGAGCCCGGCUGAUUUGUAGGGGUCCAGAUUUUGCAGCUCUUUCAGAACAUCGGCUAUCUGGUUUUGGGUGAAGGAGA